GUUGCUGUCCAAUUCGCUUACCGUAUAAAUCUUCCCCUCUGAUAUUCACUUCAUUUCUUCAAACCGCCCGAUUGCACACGUUCCUCUGUGGACAGUGACAACAAACAACGAACAAACCCUAAGGAUACAGUCGUUUGAUUGAUUAGUGACAUGUUCUUGCACUCUCUUCAAUGACGAUUCCUCUGUGUCGUUCAUCGACUUGUGGAAUUGUCAGACGGUGAGCCGGUUCGAAUCGCAGGACAGCAGUACCGGUUCGAUUUGUCGCCAUGUUCGAAGCUCACGUUUUGCAUUUGCUUCGAAGAUAUUUGGGUGAAUAUGUCCAUGGACUUUCGGCUGAGGCUUUGAGAGUCAGUGUCUGGAAGGGUGAUGUUGUUCUCAAGGAUUUGAAAUUGAAGGCAGAGGCAUUAAAUUCACUUAAGCUUCCUGUCACGGUCAAGGCUGGCUUUGUUGGCACAAUAACAUUAAAGGUCCCCUGGAAAAGUCUGGGCAAAGAGCCUGUGAUUGUUCUAAUUGAUCGUGUCUUUAUUCUUGCUCAUCCUGCUCCUGAUGGAAGGACUCUCAAGGAGGAAGACAGGGAAAAAAUUUUUGAGGCCAAACUUCAACAGAUCGAGGAAGCAGAAUCAGCAACCCUUGAAGCAAUGUCAAAAUCAAAGCUAGGAAGUCCACCUUCUGGAAAUUCCUGGCUGGGUUCUUUAAUUGAUACUAUUAUUGGAAAUCUUAAGAUCUCCAUUAGCAAUGUUCAUAUCAGAUAUGAAGAUGCUGUCAGUAACCCUGGACACCCCUUUUCUGUGGGUGUUACUUUAGCGAAGCUUGCUGCUGUUACAAUGGAUGAGCAGGGGAAUGAAACCUUUGAUACCAGUGGUGCACUGGAUAAAUUGCGGAAGUCAUUGCAACUUGAGAGGCUUGCUAUGUACCAUGAUUCUAAUAGUCUACCAUGGAAAAUAGACAAGAAAUGGGAAGAUCUCAGCCCCAAGGGAUGGAUUGAGUUAUUUGAAGAUGGUAUAAAUGAACCUUCAACAGACAAUGGUGUGGUGUCUGUAUGGGCUCUGAAUCGGAACUACUUUGUGUCCCCUAUUAAUGGAGUCCUCAAAUAUCAUCGUCUCGGAAAUCAAGAAAGAGAUAAUCCUGAGAUUCCUUUUGAGAAGGUUUCUCUGGCCCUUAGUGAUGUUUCUGUAACAGUUACAGAGGCUCAAUAUUGUGACUGGAUUAAACUUUUGGAGGUUAUCUCAAGAUACAAGACACAUGUUGAUGUCUCUCAUUUAAGGCCAGUAGUGCCAGUUUCUGAGGGUCGUCGUUUAUGGUGGCGUUAUGCUGUUCUAGCUGCCCUUAAGCAGAGGAAAAUGUGCUAUCGUUUUUCCUGGGACCGAAUUCGGCAUCUUUCCGAGCUCCGUCGACGUUAUGUCCAACUGUAUGCUAGUUCAUUGCAACAGUUGCCAGAUGUUGAUAAUUCAGAAAUUAGGGAAAUUGAGAAAGAUCUUGAUUCCAAAGUAAUUCUUUUAUGGAGGUUACUUGCACAUGCCAAGGUUGAAUCUGUAAAAUCCAAGGAAGCAUCUGAACGGAAGAGACAUAGAGAGAGAAGCUGGUUUUCAUUUAGAUGGAGUGCUACCACUGAAGAUGCCUCCAUUGAGGAUGCUUCUGAAGGAUCACAAUUGGUGGAAGAACGACUGACUAAAGAAGAAUGGCAGGCGAUUAAUAAGUUACUUAGUUAUCAGCCUGAUGAGGAGUUGACUCUACAUUCUGGAAAGGAUAUGCAGAAUAUGAUCCAAUACUUGGUUAAUAUCUCUAUUGGUCAGGCUGCUGCUAGGAUCGUCAGUGAGAAUCAGACUGAGAUUGUUUGUGGCAGAUUUGAGCAACUUCAUGUGUCCACCAAGUUCAAACACCGAAGCAUCCACUGCGAAGUAUUAUUGAGAUUCUAUGGCUUAUCUGCUCCUGAAGGUUCACUGGCCCAGAGUGUCUGUAGCGAGCAGAAGGUGAAUGCAUUAGCUGCUAGUUUUGUGCAUUCACCAGUUGGGGAGAAUGUAGAUUGGAGGCUUUCAGCUACAAUUGCUCCUUGUCUUGUUACGGUUUUGAUGGAAAGUUAUAAUCGGUUUAUAGAGUUCAUGAAGAGGAGCAAUGCUGUUAGCCCAACUUUUGCAUUGGAAACUGCAACUUCUUUGCAGAUGAAGAUUGAGAAAGUGACUCGUAGAGCUCAAGAGCAAUUUCAAAUGGUACUAGAGGAGCAAAGCAGAUUUGCCCUUGACAUUGAUUUUGAUGCUCCAAAAGUUCGAGUUCCUAUAAGGAAAAGUGCAUCUUCCAAAUGUGAAAGCCAUUUCCUUUUGGAUUUUGGUCAUUUCACAUUGCACACCAAGGAAAGUCAGUCUGAUGAACAAAGGCAGAGUCUAUAUUCUCGUUUUUAUAUUUAUGGAAGAGAUCUUGCUGCCUUCUUUACGGACUGUGGUUCUGAUAGUCAAAAUUGUUCUUUGAUUGCUCCGAGCUAUGGAAGUCUACCCAUGGCAUCUUCUAUGCUAGAAGGUGCUGAUAAAUUCUAUUCUCUCAUUGACAGAUGUGGAAUGGCAGUUGUUGUUGAUCAGAUAAAGGUACCACAUCCAUGUUACCCAUCAACACGUGUCUCUGUUCAAGUGCCCAAUCUUGGUAUUCACUUUUCACCAUCAAGAUAUUACAGAAUCAUGGAAUUGCUAAACAUAGUAUAUGGUACAAUGGGAAGCAGUGAUCAGUCUGGUGUUGAAAGUUUCCAACCCCACCUUGCCCCAUGGAGGCCUGCAGAUCUUGCUACUGAGGCAAAAAUACUUGUUUGGAGGGGCAUUGGCAAUUCUGUGGCUGCGUGGCACCCUUGUUUUCUAGUGCUGUCUGGAUUAUAUCUUUAUGUUCUGGAAUCUGAAAAAUCCCAGGGCUAUCAGCGAUGCUCAAGUAUGGCUGGUAGACAAGCAUAUGAGGUUCCUCCCACCAAUAUUGGUGGUUCACAGUUUUGCAUUGCUGUCAGUACUAGGGGAAUGGAAAUUCAGAAGGCUCUUGAAUCUUCCAGUACCUUGGUUGUAGAGUUUCAGGAUGAGGAGGAGAAGGCUACAUGGUUGAAAGGACUUACACAAGCCACAUAUCGAGCUUCUGCUCCCCCAUCUGUAGACAUUCUUGGAGAAUCAAGGGAUACUGAAGCAGAGUUUGGUGAACCUCAGGCCUCAAAUUUAAAGACAGCUGACCUUGUUAUUAAUGGGGCAGUUCUGGAAACAAAGUUAUUGAUUUAUGGAAGGGGUGGAGAUAAAGUGCGUGAUGAACUUGAAGAGCUACUAAUUCUUGAGGUUCUUGCAGGUGGGGGUAAGGCGCACAUUGUUUGCUUAGAAAGUGACCUCACUGUUAAGAUGAAGCUUCACUCUUUGAGAAUCAUAGAUGAGCUUCAAGGUUCUCCAUCUGGAAAUCUGCAUUAUUUGGCCUGUUCUGUGCUGAAGGAUGACAACUUAUAUAGGUCCCCCAACAACUUAGAUGCUCAUGGAAAGGACCUAUCUACAACACUGCAAGACGAGGAUGAUAUUUUUAAGGAUGCCUUGCCAGAUUUCAUGUCUCUGCCUGAUCCAUGCAUUAACAUGGAUGCAGUUCAGUUUACAAGGAUGGGGGAUUGUAUGGAUACUGCUGGAGUUGAUUCUCCUGAAGCUUUGAUUCAUGAAAAUGAUCUGGGAAAACCAAAAGGCAUUUCCAGUGAGAUAUAUUAUGAGGCACAGGGCUUGGAUAACUCUGACUUUGUAUCAGUUUCAUUCUCAACGAGGAAUCCUGGUUCACCUGAUUACGCUGGUAUAGAUACAGAGGUGAGCAUUCGCAUGUCAAAGCUGGAAUUUUUCUGCAACAGACCCACUGUUGUAGCUUUAAUUGAUUUUGGUUUGGACAUUAGCUCUGUGAACGCUGGGGUAAGUAGUACAAAUCUGACUAAAACAGAAGAAGCUGGGCAGGAAUUUGUUAAAGGGUUACUUGGUUUUGGUAAAGGCCGUGUAGUGUUUCUUUUGAACAUGAACGUCGACAGCGUCAGUGUUUUCCUUAAUAAGGAGGAUGGUUCUCAGCUUGCGAUGUUUGUGCAGGAAAGCUUCCUGUUGGAUCUAAAGGUUCACCCAAGUUCUCUUUCCAUUGAAGGCACAUUAGGAAAUCUUAGGUUGCGUGAUAUGUCACAUGGAGUUGAUCAUUGUUGGGGUUGGCUAUGUGAUAUACGUAAUCCAGGCGUUGAAUCACUCAUCAAGUUCACAUUCAAUUCUUAUGGUGCUGAGGAUGAUGACUUUGAAGGAUACGAUUAUAGCUUGAGUGGUCGGCUCUCUGCAGUCCGCAUUGUUUUCCUCUAUAGGUUUGUUCAGGAGAUAAUGGCAUACUUCAUGGAACUUGCCACCCCGCAUUCUGAAGAAGCAAUUAGACUUGUUGAUAAAGUUGGGGACUUUGAGUGGUGGAUUCAGAAAUACGAGAUUGAUGGGGCCUCUGCUUUAAAGCUUGACCUGUCACUGGACACUCCAAUAAUCAUUGUUCCAAGGAAUUCAAUGAACAAAGAUUUCAUUCAGCUUGAUCUCGGUCAACUAAGGGUGAUGAAUGAAUUCCAUUGGCAUGGAUGUCCUGAGAAGGAUCCUUCAGCUGUUCAUCUUGAUGUUCUUCAUGCUGAGAUCUUGGGUAUCAACAUGGCUGUUGGGGUUGAUGGUUGCGUUGGUAAACCGCUGAUACGUGAAGGCCGAGGGUUUGAUGUUUAUGUGCGGCGUAGUUUGAGGGAUGUUUUCAGAAAAGUCCCAACAUUUUCUUUUGAAGUGAAGGUGGGUUUGCUGCACGGUCUAAUGUCUGAUAAAGAAUAUCAUGUUAUUUUGGAUUGUGCAUACAUGAAUUUAAAUGAAGAGCCAAAGCUUCCACCAAGUUUUCGUGGCAGUACAUCUGAUUCAAAAGACACAAUGCGGCUGCUGGUCGAUAAGGUCAAUAUGAAUAGUCAAAAUUUCCUGUCACGUACUGUUACUAUAAUGGCCGUUGAAGUCAACUAUGCUCUGCUGGAGUUGUGUAAUGGCAUUCAUGAGGAAUCACCUUUGGCACAUCUUGCUCUAGAGGGUCUAUGGGUAUAUUACCGCAUGACUUCAUUAUCUGAAGCUGAUCUCUAUGUAACCAUUCCUAAAUUUUCUAUUAUGGAUAUCCGCCCUGCUUCAAAGCCAGAAAUGCGUCUGAUGCUUGGAUCAUCUGCUGAUGCUUCCAAACAAGGUUUUACUGGAAAUAUUCCCUUCCCUUUAAAUGGAGGCCAGCAUAGGCGAACAAACUCCGACUCUGCCAUUGGCAUGGAUGUUCCAAAUUCAACUAUGCUAUUGAUGGAUUACAGAUUGCGAAUGUCAUCCCAAUCAUUUGUGGUUCGAGUUCAACAGCCUCGUGUUCUUGUUGUGCCAGAUUUCCUUCUUGCUGUUGGUGAAUUUUUUGUGCCAGCUUUGGGUACUAUAACUGGCAGGGAGGAAUCGAUGGAUCCUAAGAAUGAUCCUAUAAUUAGAAACAAGAGCAUAGUUCUCUCCGAACCUGUUUACAAACAGAGGGAAGAUGUGGUGCACCUAUCGCCACACAGACAGCUAGUGGCAGAUGGUUUGGGAGUUGAUGAAUAUACCUAUGAUGGUUGUGGAAAGACUAUCUAUUUAAGUGAAGAAACAGAUUUGAGGGGAAUCCAUUCACCAAGAUCUCGACCUAUUAUCAUCAUUGGACGUGGUAAGAGACUGCGGUUUGCAAAUGUAAAAAUUGAGAAUGGUUCACUAUUGAGGAAGUAUACAUACUUGAGUAAUGGUAGCAGCUACUCAGUCUCCUUAGAAGAUGGUGUUGAAAUAUCAUUGCUGGACAAUCCUGAUUCUGACAGUGAUAAAAAAAGUUUAGACUACAUGGAUGAAUCAUCAGACAUCUCAAAGACUUCUGCAUAUGCUCAAAGUGAUUCAAAGAUGACCAGUUUUACUUUUGAAGCCCAGGUUGUUUCUCCUGAGUUCACCUUCUAUGACAGUACAAAGUCUUUCUUAGAUGAUUCCUCACAUGGUGAAAAGCUUCUCCGUGCAAAAAUGGACCUAAGCUUCAUGUAUGCAUCAAAAGAAUGUGAUACUUGGAUUCGAGCUCUCGUAAAGGAUCUGACUGUUGAGGCUGGUUCAGGUCUUAUAAUUCUUGAUCCAGUGGAUAUUUCAGGGGGUUAUACUACUCUUAAAGAUAAAACAAAUAUAGCUCUGAUGUCAACCGAUAUAUGCAUCCAUCUAUCUUUGAGUGUUAUUUCUCUUUUACUUAACCUGCAAACUCAGGCUGCAGCAGCACUACAAUUUGGAAGUGCUAGUCCCCUGGUGCUCUGUACAAACUUUGACCGCCUUUGGGCGUCCCCAAAAGAAUAUGGGUCUUGCAUCAACCUUACCUUUUGGAGGCCUCGAGCUCCUUCAAAUUAUGUUAUAUUGGGAGAUUGUGUGACAUCAAGGACAACUCCUCCUUCACAGGCAGUUAUGGCAGUGAAUAACACAUAUGGCCGUGUUCGGAAGCCUCUCGGUUUCAAGCUUGUUGGUUUGUUCUCUGGCAUUCAAGGAUUAGAAGGUGGUGAUGGCCAUUCUGAUUGUUCUCUUUGGAUGCCAGUUGCACCCCCAGGAUACUCUGCACUGGGCUGUGUGGCACAUAUAGGAAGCCAACCACCUCCUAUUCACAUUGUAUUUUGCUUACGUUCUGAUCUUGUUACAUCCACAACAUAUUCAGAAUGCAUAUUCAGUGCCCCUUCAAAUCCUUGUUUCUUGUCUGGAUUCAGUAUCUGGCGUCUGGACAAUGCUCUUGGAUCAUUUUAUGCCCAUCCUUCAAAAGAAUGCCCUCCCAAAGAGAGUACUUGUGACUUGAGUUAUCUUCUUUUAUGGGACUCAAAUCAGCAUCAUUCUCCUGUCAAACACACUGCGUCAGAUCCAGUUAAGCAUGAAUAUGAGAGAGGGAAUAAGAGUAACCAGAGUACAAGUUCUUCUGGAUGGGACAUUGUCAGAUCAAUUUCGAGAGCGACUAAUUGUUACAUGUCAACCCCUCAUUUUGAGAGAAUUUGGUGGGACAAAGGCAGUGACAUUCGCCGACCAGUCUCAGUAUGGCGUCCUAUACCACGUCCUGGUUAUGCCAUACUUGGUGAUUGCGUAACUGAAGGCUUAGAACCACCUGCUCUGGGUGUAAUUUUCAAGACUGAUAGUCCUGAAACCUCUGCAAGGCCUUUACAAUUCACUAAAGUUGCCCACAUUGUGGGGAAAGGUCUUGAUGAGGCCUUCUUUUGGUACCCAAUUGCUCCACCUGGUUAUGCAUCUUUGGGAUGCAUAGUCUCUAGAACAAAUGAAGCUCCACACAUCAAUAUAUUUUGCUGCCCGCGGUUGGAUCUUGUUAACCAAGCCAAUAUUCUUGAGCUGCCUAUUGCAAGAUCUUCAAGUUCAAAAGCAUCAAAUUGUUGGAGCAUUUGGAAGGUUGAAAAUCAGGCUUGCACUUUCCUUGCACGUUCUGAUCUGAAAAAGCCAUCGAGUCGCUUGGCUUACACCAUGUGUGAUUAUGUGAAGCCAAAGAUGCGGGAAAAUAUAACAGCUGAGGUGAAACUGAGAUACUUCUCUCUGACUGUUUUAGACAGCUCAUGUGGGAUGAUGACUCCUCUAUUUGACACAACCAUCACCAAAAUAAAGCUUGCAACGCAUGGUCGACUAGAGGCAAUGAAUGCAGUGCUGAUAUCUUCUAUUGCUGCAUCAGCAUUCAACACACAAUUGGAAGCAUGGGAACCAUUAGUGGAGCCAUUUGAUGGAAUAUUCAAGUUUGAAACAUUUGAUAGCAAUGGAAAUCCACCAUCGAGCUUUGGAAAAAGAGUGCGCAUUGCUGCUACCAGUGUGCUUAAUCUAAAUGUUAGUGUUGCAAAUCUCGACACAUUUGCACAGACACUUGUUUCAUGGAAAAGGCAGAUUGAAAUUGAACAGAAAGUGGCAAAGCUAAAUAUGGAAUCUGUUAGUCGCAGCAGAAAUGGGGAUGGUUCCACUUUCUCUGCAUUAGAUGAAGAUGAUUUUCAAACUGUGAUGAUAGAAAAUAAACUUGGGUGUGAUAUUUAUCUGAAGAAAGGAGAGAAAAACUUGGACACUGUUGAACUGCUACAUCAUGGCGACUCUGCUUCUGCAUGGAUUCCUCCUCCAAGGUUUUCAGACAGACUAAAUAUUGCAGAUGAGUCCAGGGAAGCUCACUAUUAUGUUGCUGUGCAGAUACUUGAAGCCAAGGGUUUGCCUAUUAUUGAUGAUGGUAAUAGCCAUAACUUCUUUUGUGCUCUGCGCCUUCUUGUUGAUAGUCAAGCAACAGAUCAGCAAAAGCUUUUCCCUCAGAGUGCAAGGACAAAAUGUGUUAAACCUUCCAUUUCCAAAGUCAAUGAUUUGGAUGAAGGCAGUGUUAAGUGGAAUGAAUUUUUCAUAUUUGAAGUUCCACGGAAGGGGAUGGCUAAGCUGGAAGUGGAGGUAACGAACCUUGCAGCUAAAGCAGGAAAAGGUGAAGUGGUGGGUGCAUAUUCUUUUUCAAUUGGAUGUGGUGCAAAUACACUGAAGAAGGUAGCUUCUACCAGGAUUCUGCAUCAACCAUAUGAUGCUCAAAAUAUUGUAUCAUAUCCACUGAGGGGAAGGGGUCAACUUGCCAAUGAUGAAGACAUGCAUGACAAUAGAUGCCUCUUGGUUUCUACUAGUUAUUUUGAGAGGAAAACAUUACCAACCUUCCAAGAGAAUACUGGUUCUGUGAAUGAUGUUGAAACAGAUAUAGGUUUCUGGGUGGCACUGUGUCCAGGUGGCCCAUGGGAGAGUUUUCGGUCAAUGCUUCCAUUGUCAGUGGUUCCCAAAUCAUUAGAAGAAAAUUCAAUUGCAAUGGAAGUCAUCAUGAAGAAUGGCAAGAAGCAUGUGGUAUUCAGGGGUCUCGCAACUGUUGUAAAUGAUUCAGAUACUAAAUUGGACAUUUCUGUGUGUCAUCUGUCCAUGAUUAGUCUUGAUGCCUCUGCUGAACCUAGCAAUCACAACAUUGUGGUAGAAGAGAUUUUUGAAAAUCAACGGUAUCAUCCAUUUUCUGGCUGGGGUAGCAAGUGGCCUGGCUUUCGUGCUAAUGAUCCUGGGCGCUGGAGCACUAGGGACUUCUCAUAUUCGUCAAAGGAUUUCUUUGAACCUCCCCUUCCUCCGGGAUGGAAAUGGUCAUCAACAUGGAGCAUUGAUAAAUCAUCAUUCGUUGACGUUGAUGGCUGGGCAUAUGGACCUGACUACCAGAGCUUGAAAUGGCCUCCAACAUCUUCAAAGUCAUGUACGAAAUAUGCUUCUGAUGCUGCUCGCCGAAGACGUUGGAUUCGUACCAGGCAGCAAGUUACUGAGCGCAACAGAAAUUGCGUGAACAAUGUUUUCUCUGUAAGUCCAGGGUCUUCUGCUGUCUUGCCGUGGAGAAGUAUGUCUAGGGAUUCCGGUCAGUGUUUGCGAGUUCGUCCUUGUGUAGACUGUCCUCAGGCCCCAUACUCAUGGGGUCAUACAGUCACUGUUGGUUCCGGCAAUCCUAAUGGAAAGGACCAAUCCUUAAUUGAUCAAGGUUCACUCUCUAGGCAAAAUAAUUUGAAGCAAGAAUAUAAAAAACCCAUUUCUACAUUCAAAUUGAAUCAGCUAGAGAAGAAGGAUGUACUUGUGUAUUGUUGUCCUAGUACUGGAAGUAAGCAGUUUUGGCUCAGUGUGGGUGCAGAUGCAUCAGUUCUUCACACAGAACUAAAUUCACCGGUUUACGAUUGGAAAAUAUCUAUAAACUCUCCUCUGAAAUUGGAAAACCGACUUCCUUGUCCAGCGGAAUUCACUAUCUUGGAAAAAACUAAAGAAGGGAGUGCUGUUGAGCGAAAACAUGGUAUAAUAUCUUCACGCAACAGCGUGCAUAUAUAUUUUGCAGAUGUGCAGAAGCCUAUUUAUCUUUCAUUGUUUGUUCAAGGUGGUUGGGUUUUGGAAAAGGACCCUGUUCUUGUUCUGGAUCUUUCAUCUAAUAACCAUGUUUCAUCAUUUUGGAUGGUUCACCAGCAAAGUAAAAGGAGAUUACGUGUGAGCAUUGAACGUGACAUGGGAGGGACCAAUGCUGCCCCAAAAACCAUUAGGUUUUUUAUUCCAUAUUGGAUUGUUAAUGAUUCAUCCCUAUCUUUGGCAUAUCGAGUGGUGGAGAUUGAACCUUUGGAUACUGCUGAAACAGAUUCCCUUUCUCUCUCUAAGGCAGUUAGGUCUGCUAAAACAGCAUUUAAAAAUCCUACAAACACAAUGGACAGGAAAACUUUUAGCUCAAGAAAAAACCUUCAAGUACUUGAAGAAAUUGAGGAUACGACUCCAAUACCUAGCAUGCUUUCUCCACAGGACUAUGCAGGGUGUAGUGGGGUAAUGCUCUUUUCAUCUCGAAAUGACACAUAUCUCUCUCCACGUGUGGGCAUUUCAGUUGCUAUACGUUAUUCUGAAAAUUUCAGUCCUGGAAUAUCACUUAUUGAACUGGAAAAAAAGGAACGUGUUGAUGUCAAGGCAUUUGCUUCUGAUGGAUCUUAUUACAGACUUUCAGCAGUAAUGAAUAUGACCUCAGACAGAACAAAGGUUGUUCAUCUUCAGCCACACACUUUGUUUAUAAAUCGGAUUGGUUGCAGUCUAUGCCUGCAGCAAUGUGAUACUCAUUCAGUUGAAUGGAUUCAUCCCACUGAUCCUCCAAAACCUUUUGGAUGGCAGUCUUCCACCAAAGCUGAACUGUUGAAGUUGCAAUUGGAUGGAUACAAAUGGAGUACGCCGUUUAGUGUACAUACAGAAGGUCUGAUGUGCAUUUCAUUGAAGAAAGAUUCAGGAACAGAUCAAGUGUAUUUACGAGUAGAAGUUAGAAGUGGGGCAAAAAGCUCACGUUAUGAAGUUAUCUUCCGUCCAAUUUCAUUGUCAAGUCCUUACAGGAUUGAAAAUUGUUCUAUGUUUCUACCCAUUCGUUUUCGGCAAGUGGAUGGUGCUAUCGAUUCUUGGAGAUCUCUUCUUCCUAAUGCAGCAGCUUCGUUUUUCUGGGAAGAUCUUGGAAGGCAACGAUUGUUAGAACUCUUGAUUGAUGGGUCUGACCCAUCAAAAUCAGAGAUGUACAAUAUUGAUGAGAUUUCUGAUCACCAGCCAAUCUCUGUGGCAGGUGGACCUGCUAGAGCUAUUCGUGUAACUAUCCUAAAAGAAGAGAAAAUGAAUGUAGUUAGAAUAAGUGACUGGAUGCCAGAUAAUGAAUCCCAUGUAAUCAUGAGUAACAGGCUUCCGUCAUCUCUGUCACAGCUUCCUAGGAAUGUUUCUCAACAUCAAGAGUUACCAUCUACCUCAAAUUUUGAAUUUCAUGUUAAUGUUGAGCUUGCUGAGCUUGGAUUGUCUAUUAUUGAUCAUACACCUGAAGAGAUAUUAUAUCUGUCAGUGCAGAAUCUUCUGCUGUCCUAUUCAACUGGUUUAGGCUCUGGAAUUAGUCGAUUCAAAUUAAGAAUGAGCAGAAUUCAAGUGGAUAACCAAUUACCAUUAACUCCAAUGCCAGUUCUCUUCAGGCCCCAAAGAAUUGGAGAGGAGACUGAAUAUAUCUUGAAAUUCUCGAUGACCCUACAAUCAAAUGGGUCAUUAGAUUUGUGUGUCUAUCCAUACAUUGGUUUCCAUGGACCUGAAAAUUCAGCUUUUUUGAUAAACAUUCAUGAACCAAUCAUUUGGCGCCUUCAUGAGAUGAUCCAGCAAGCCAACCUCAAUAGAUUAUAUGAUACUCAAACAACUGCUGUUUCAGUUGAUCCAAGUAUUCAAAUUGGGGUUCUUAACAUCUCAGAAGUUCGACUCAAAGUGUCAAUGGCAAUGUCACCAACUCAACGACCAAGAGGUGUUCUUGGGUUUUGGUCAUCCUUGAUGACUGCAUUGGGGAAUACAGAAAAUAUGCCAGUCAGGAUAAAUCAAAGGUUUGUAGAAAACUUGUGCAUGCGGCAGACUGCUCUCAUUAGUUAUGCAAUAUCGAAUGUUCAGAAAGAUAUUCUCAGCCAGCCACUUCAACUGCUUUCGGGUGUUGAUAUACUGGGAAAUGCAAGCAGUGCACUUGGACAUAUGAGUAAAGGUGUAGCGGCAUUAUCAAUGGACAAGAAGUUCAUUCAAAGCCGGCAAAGACAGGAAAGCAAGGGUGUAGAGGACUUUGGCGACGUUAUUAGAGAGGGAGGUGGAGCACUGGCAAAAGGCCUAUUCAGAGGAGUUACAGGCAUCUUAACAAAGCCUCUUGAAGGUGCAAAAACUUCUGGUGUUGAGGGUUUUGUUCAGGGUGUUGGAAAAGGAAUAAUAGGUGCAGCUGCACAACCAGUGAGUGGAGUUUUGGAUCUUCUCUCAAAAACUACUGAAGGGGCCAAUGCUGUGAGAAUGAAGAUCACAUCCGCUAUAACUUCAGAAGAACAACUACUUCGCAGGAGGCUUCCUCGAGUUAUUAGUGGGGAUAAUCUGCUUCGACCUUAUGAUGAGUACAAAGCUCAGGGACAGGUUAUAUUGCAGCUAGCAGAAUCGGGCUCAUUUUUUGGCCAGGUUGAUCUUUUUAAAGUACGUGGAAAGUUUGCCUUGUCAGAUGCUUAUGAGGAUCAUUUUUUACUUCCCAAAGGAAAAAUCCUUGUGGUCACUCAUCGAAGAGUUAUUCUCUUGCAACAACCCAUCAACAUUCUUGCUCAGAAAAAGUUCAGUCCAGUUAGAGAUCCAUGUUCAGUAUUGUGGGAUGUAUUAUGGGAUACCCUUGUGACAAUGGAAUUGACUCAUGCAAAGAAAGACCACCCAAAGGGACCACCAUCACAGCUUAUUCUUUAUUUACAAACUAGGUCAAUAGACUCAAAGGAUCAAGUUCGUGUUAUUAAGUGUAGCCGAGAGUCCAAUCAGGCUCUUGAGGUAUACUCUUCAAUUGAGCGAGCAAUGAGCACUUAUAGACCAAAUCAGUCAAAGGCAUUGCUGAAACAGAAGAUGACAAAACCAUAUUCGCCAAUUGCUGAUGGUGCUGUUGCUGAAACGUCUCCAAAAGAGGGGGUUGGCAUCUUGUUGCCGCAACAGGUUCCUGCAUCAGUUCCUCUAAAAUCAACCUUUGGCAACAGCACAAAUUGAUUUAAGGAAUGAAUCGAUGUUCACAGUGACAAUUUUGUGGUUCCUGAAAAGGAGGGAUUUCUACCAGUGAGCUUGCACCAAGUGAAAGGUAAAGACAUGUUGCCUUUUUUUAGAUGUUGGUCAUUGCAUAUGCAUGAGGCUUCAUUUGGAUGAAGAAUUUUGUGAGGGAGAUGAAAAGAAAUAAAAAUAAGGAGAAAAAUUUUAUCUAUUAUAUUUUCUAUCUCAAAAAAUAAAAAUUUAUUCAAAUAUAAUUAAAAAUUAAGACGAAUCAAAAUUUAUGAAAUACAGAUUAAAAAUUUUAUUGAUCAACUCUAUAUUCUAUUUUUCUCAUAACCGAAGAAAAAAAAAAGUUACUUUAUAUUCCUCUCUUUUCCAUCAUAUUUCCAAUUUUCAAAUGGGCCUGGCUGGUUGUUCUAUAGCUUGCUUUUAAAUCCUUUCAUGCAAACUUAUUUGGUAUUCAGCUUAAUGAAACUCUGACUGAAAUGCAAAACCAAAGGGAAAGAAGAGGCAUUUUAUGAAUUUAUUGAUGUUCAAAUCAGCAAGCUAAUGAAGCGUGAACAAAAACCAGAGGAUUAACCAUCUAAAACAUUUUUUAACCAAAAGUUUCCAGGCAUAUUUUUGCAGUGAGUCCAAUGUGUAGGAUAUCUUCAAGUUUUCGUAUUGUAUUUUCUACCAAAAACGUUAUACUACCAUUCUCGUUGGCUCUCAGCUUGAAGUUGUGUGUGUGCGCGCACGUGCGCCUGUUAUUUCUCCAAUCACAUUUGAAAAUUUUAUAGCAUAUAUAUAAUCAUCCAAUUGUUCAUUUAUUUUUUGAUCAGCCCUUGAAGAAUACACAACUACAAUGGGAUUGAAGUUUCCAGAACUAGUCAAUAGAGCUUGCUGACUGUAAAUAUAGAUAUAUAUAUAUAUAUUGUAUAGUACGGGUGUAAAUAUAUAUAGUCUAGAUGGACGAAUUACUCUGGACGUGUACCAAUGUGUAUGUAAAUCUGAAUGUUCCUAGUCUGGAUAGGAGGAUUCCUGUCAGUGUGUGAUGUUCAGUGGGGCAGCUCCCAUGAAACUGGCUGCUUGUUCAUUGUUGGCGUCAAUUAAAUUGCAAUUUUGUCUCUCA